UGUGUUUAAUACACAGUAGAUACAUAUUCUGCUAUUACUUCAGGUGCCUACAUUUUUGAGAUACAUGUCAGUACUUCUUCAGAAUUAUUGGGAUUUGGUUAAAAUGCAUAUUGUACCCUCCUGUAGCUCUCAUUUGUGUGUAGGUACACUUCUUCCACUAAGUUACUUUGAUGAAUAAGUAUAAACAAUGAGGAUGGAUGAUAAAACAGUUGAGUAAGUUCAGAAAAGAAAACAUAAAGUUGUCUGUGUCAAUAAAUGUUUGUUUCCUGAAGUAGAUCAGAUGUACAACUGUAUAAGUCUGCCAUAUUCAUAAACACAUUACAUUUUCUGUAGCCUGAAGCCUAACUUUAAACUAUACACGUAGAGCACGUUUCUGUUGUUAUGUUUUGAUCAUCUAAGGGAGGCUGAGAAGGAUAAUCUGCUAAAUGCGUAGAUGAAAGUUAAGGUAAGCUGGAAACCUCCUUCAAUGGGACCCUGUCUUUCAAUUCCUAUAAAAUUACAGAAAUGCUUUGCAAAAAAAGAUUUAUAAUUAUCUUUGUAGUGUGUUUUUGUAUGGGGACUGUUGAUCACAGCCUGCACCUCUGAUUGACCACCUGAGGCGAGCAAUGAAUCAGCCGUGGGAGAACAGGUGAAGGCAAUUCACCUGUGCUACUGGAAGGGGUGGAGCCUGGCUCCACCUCUCCUAGACCCCAUUUAAGGGCUGACUGCCACUGAGUAGGAAUUUCUUCCUGGCAAUUGUUCCUUGUGGAGUUUACUGUGAGCCUAUGAUACUGGCUGGAGCUCUUGAUUUAUUAAAGGAGCUUAAGAAUAUUCCCAUGACCCUUGAGUUAUUACAGACUACCAGAAUUGGAAUGUCAGUGAAUGCAAUACGCAAGCAAAGCACAGAUGAAGAAGUUACUUCUUUAGCAAAAUCUUUGAUCAAAUCUUGGAAGAAACUGUUAGAUGGACCUUCAACUGAUAAAGAUUCUGAAGAAAAGAAAAAGGAGCCUGCAUCUUCCUCACAAAACAGCCCUGAAGCAAGAGAGGAAAGCAGUUCAAGUAGCAAUUCCAGCAGCAGGAAGGAGGAGGGUAGUGCUCCCUCAAAUUCUUUCAUCCCUUCUUUUCCUCGGGCUCCAAGCACUUCGGAUUCUGUACGAGUGAAAUGUAGAGAAAUGCUCUCUGCUGCUCUCAGAACAGGAGAUGAUUACAUUGCUAUUGGUGCUGAUGAGGAAGAAUUGGGUUCUCAGAUUGAAGAAGCUAUUUUUCAAGAAUUAAAAAACACUGAUAUGAAAUACAAAAAUAGGGUACGAAGUAGGAUAGCGAAUCUCAAGGAUGCAAAGAAUCCAAACCUAAGAAAAAACGUGUUAUGUGGGAACAUACCUCCUGACAAAUUUGCCAAAAUGACUGCGGAGGAAAUGGCAAGUGAUGAGUUGAAAGAAAUGCGCAAAAAUCUGACCAAAGAGGCUAUCAGAGAGCACCAGAUGGCCAAAACAGGAGGUACCCAAACCGAUCUGUUUACGUGUGGCAAGUGCAAAAAGAAGAACUGUACAUAUACCCAGGUUCAAACCCGCAGUGCUGAUGAACCUAUGACAACGUUUGUUGUUUGUAAUGAGUGUGGAAACAGAUGGAAGUUCUGUUAGAGGAAGAAAUUAUCAAGACAUCUGGACCAGUAUGAAAGAGGAUUUUGUAAUUAGCUUUAAAAACUAGGCUAAGCAGCUAGCUUCCUGUGAACAAGAGGUUAUUUGGUUUUCUUUUUUCCUUUCUUCUUUUUUUUUUUUUAAUGCAGCAUACAUGCCUGAAGUUAGCCUUCAUUUUGACACAGCCAUCAUUUCCUUAAAUGCCUUCCUAUAGCUGAUAGUCAGUAGGGCCAGGUUGCUCGAUUGUAUGGUGAAUGUUAAAAUAUUUUUUCAUUUUUGUAAGUAAGUUGAAAUUAAACUUUUACCAAUGAA